CACCGAUUCGCUGGUGAUGACCCCGAAGUGCCGCCGCCGGAUGGUGCCGCGAAAGUUCCACGCGCCGCCGGCGGAUUGCGCACGGUACCUAAACCGGUUUUAUAAUGACGCCGGCUUCGAGACGGUGCCGCAGGCGCGCACCUACCAGGACUGUCUCCUGAGCUGUGCAGCGGUGGAAGAGUGCACGGGCUUCAAUUUUCACAAGCGCGGUUUUCCACCUCAAAGCAGUAACUGCCUCCUAGAGAAGAAUAGCUUUGAAACUGGUGACAUGACCCAUGUGAAGUGGCAGACGAACUACGACUACGACGUGACAGUGGUGUCUUCUGGUUGCCGUAGCCAGCUCCUGAAGUUUCUGGACCCGUGGAAAGCGAGCUUCCGCUUGGCGCACGUGAUGACCCAGAUCCCCAUCCCAACGACGUGCGUUCGGGACGAAGGCACGACACUCGUCGGGGGCACUGAUCUGGACGGCUCCUUUUCCUAUGGCAGUCGUGGCGCGUCGAAAUUUUCCAGCUUCGAGGAGUGCAUGCUUACCUGCGCGCAUUACCCCACCUGCAACGGUUUCGUGCGGGACCCAACCAAUGGCUGCCUGUUGUUGGGAUGGGCCGCGGAUGCCUCCAUAACAAAGUCGGCACAGAGCUACGUCGACGCGAUGGAGAUGACGGCGGAGUGCCGAAAGAGUGUCCUGCGCGAGAGCGAG